UUUUUCUUUUAUUUAUUUUUAUUUGUAGGAGGGUUUUAUGUGCAGCAAAGAGAAACAAGUGCGUGCUGUGAAGUGUCGACAGAGAAAAUGCCUUGCUUGAACAUUUCGACGAACGUUAAUCUUGAUGGCGUCAACACAUCUGCCAUUCUCUCUGAAGCCUCCUCUCAAGUAGCCAAAAUCAUCAAAAAACCCGAGUCUUAUGUGAUGAUUGUGUUGAAGGGCUCAGUUCCAAUUUCAUUUGGAGGAACCGAGCAGCCAGCAGCUUAUGGUGAACUGGUAUCUGUUGGUGGCCUUAACAGUGAUGUGAACAACAAACUGAGUUCUGCAAUUGCAACAAUUCUUGAGUCAAAGCUGUCGGUGCCCAAGUCACGGUUCUUCCUCAAAUUUUUUGAUGCCAAGGGUUCCCACUUUGGUUGGAAUGGUUCCACCUUCUAAAUCCAGCUUCUCGCUUGAGUUGCUAGUGACUUGACACCACGUCUUUGGUGCUCGGCGGUUGUAGAAAUCUAAGUAGGAUAUUUCUGUUUCUGUCUAAGGUUAUGGCAUGUAGAACGUGAAAGCUUUUAAACUGUGCCCCUUUUAUGGGAAAACUAUGUUUUGCUUGAAACCUAACCACCGUUUAGUCAUGAGUGGAUGUUCUUUGA